UGUAACACCCUUGCAAGCCUUGGCAAGCUGAAGAAACCAUGCCCAAAGGUACAUGAGAGGGUUAUGGAGAAACGUCAGGCUCUUAUUUUUUUGCCAGUUUUGGCUGUGGCAAGUUUCCUCGUCAAGAUAAGUGGAUCAAGCUCUUUUCGCCCGGUGCUGACUGGUCCUGACCUGGCCUUCAGUGGCCCGAGGGUGGUUUUCCGUUGUGUUGCAUCUAACGUCUCCCCACCAGUCGUCUAUGAGCUGAUAAAGGAUGGACGUGUGCGAAUUGGCCGCAAUAGAGAUUUUCAAGGUGGCCAAGUUGCAUCAUUCCCUAUCAAAGUAACUGCAGCGUCAGAAGGGUCAUACCACUGCAGGGCCACAGCUGGAGGAACCACAGAAAUCAGCAACAGCAUUAAGCUGAGAGUAGUCACUCCACCAUCAUAUACCAGAGUGACCUCUGAACCCUUCCCCCCAGUUGCAUACGAGGGGUCACGCAUGGCCCUGAGUUGUGACGCUGAAAGGGGGUCCAACCUUUCCUACAGCUGGUUUUUUAACCGGAAGGAAAUAACAUCUUCGACUUCUCUCCCCUUCCACUUUGUGGAAAACAAGCUGCUGGUGGAGAGGGUAACUCCUGAGUAUGCUGGAAAUUAUUCUUGCACUGCUUGGUCCAGCGUGAAUGAGAUCAAAAGGAUUUCCAGCAGCACAGAGGUCCAGGUGACAAUCAAAGUCUAUGUUUCAAAGCCAGAGAUCUCCUUCUCCGUUCAUAAAGAGGGAACCAGUUACCAUGGCAAUGUGACGUGCUGGUCAACAAGAGGGAGCCCUCCGGUGAACUUGUAUCUUUUACUAGACGGUAAAGAAGUGGACUCCGUCACAGCAGCUCAGACCCCGGCUGCCUGGUUCCUUGUAGUCGUAGUCCCCGAGCUGGACAUGGGAGAGGCACGAUGCCGGGUGAAAACCGAGAAUCAGGACCUCACAAGUGAGCCUGUGAACCUGGAAGUAGUUCCAGUUGGAGGAAAUGUGAAAGUGGAGGUGGAAUAUCUGUACACAGCUGAUUCCAAACUGACUACAGCAAGGCUGAGCUGUCACGUCAGCAGAGGAACUUUUCCUUACAUCUCCUGGCUCUUCAAUGACUCUGUCCUUCCCUCUGAGUCUCAUCCGGAUUCCCACACUCAUCCCAUCCUGCCUCACAUUGCCUUCGCUGACCGAAGACGAUCCCUCAUCCUCACUAAGCUCAGCCCUGAGGAGUCUGGGUAUUACCGCUGCAGGGCCAGGGACAGCUACGAUGACUCUGGGCCCUGGGUGGAGAGUGCAGCUGAGCUGGUCCAAGUCACAGGUGAAAGACCAGGACUAAGAGAGGAGUAAAACUUGUGGAGUAUUAAUUUUGGGAAGUAUACUAACUUGCUUUAUUAUUGAGGUUUAUAAACUCCAUGUAAUGGUUCUCUGCAAGAAAACAUACAGUACCAAUUGAAAUAAGCAGUCAUGAUAGAUCAUUUCCACCUUAAGACCGUCCCUUGAAUCUUUAUGCCACAGUCCAGACAUGAGUGUGGUAUUGAGCUUUUUGUCUAGCUCUCUCCAAGAAGGCCAAAUUAUGCUUUAAAAAGGAUUUCUGUUCAACCCAGGCUUUUGUUCACAUGCAUCAUUUAAUAUAAAUGUGUCUUCCUGUGGGUUUCUGCACUUUUUAUGCCUUCAGUCAACUCCAUGUCUCAAGCAGCGUCCUCAACCGAAACGCCACCAAGUCAAAGU